ACUUGUACUUUUGUCAUUCCGGUGGAUUCGGACACAAUUUGAGGAAGUAAAGUAACCUCUUUGAUCAAAUGAUAACCGAAAUUACUUUUAUAUUAGCAAUAGUUCCAAAUGUUAGUGUCAUUUACGAGUUUUCGAGGUGCACCUGAAAGCAUCGACAUUCGAUCAGCGCAUUGUUGACACAUUGUAAGUCAACAUCAAGUUAGGUUUUUUUCCCGACGAGUUAGGUUGUUUUCGAGCCUGGCAUCAAACAUAUGGUCCGCACAGACCUGGAGGGGGCGUGCCUUAAGUCCGGCUGGAAAUCGGGAGAAAUUCGGGAGAAUGGUUGUCCUGGGAGAUUUUCGGGAGAGUCACUGAAAUUCGGGAGUCUCUCGGAAAAUUUGUGAGGGUUGGCAACAAAACAUGGCGUCCUCAUCCGUCGCCAAGCUGGGCGGUCUGGUGAUCGUCACUCAGGUCAUCCCUCAGGAUCAAGCUUCUAUCCAGCUCCAGACGCCCGGAGGCGGCGCCGCGGAAGAGACCUCGACCCCUGUCUCCCCCUCCAAGAUGGAGGAUGAUGUGCCCAAAGCGAACCUGGAGGGGGCGGUGCUGCUUGGCCUCGGGGUGGUCCAGGUGGUUAUCGGGCUGCUGUCUGUUCUUUUCAGCUUGACCGCCGCCUACCCGCGGUUCCUAACGCUCCACGUGGCGUUCUGCGGCGGCGUGUUGUUUGUGAUUUCGGGCUGGAUGGCAGCGUUAUCGAGGAGGCGGGUCUCGUCGGCACGGAUGUGGGCGUGUCUGUCGUUGAACGCUAUCAGCGUACUGUUCAGCCUCGGAGGCAUGGCCUACCUGGGCUGGGUGCUGGCCUCCGGCCCCAUCUCUGAGCAAUUGUGCGAUGACCCCGACAGAGACAACUGGUGCGUCGGCCAACUAUGGCCGCUAGACGUGCUCGUGUCGGGCCUGCGAGGUUUCUUCCUGGUUCUGCUCAUCCUCCAGGCGUGUGUUGCCGUCGCCGCCUGCGUCCUCGCCACCAUGGGCAUCAGACAACUCUACCGCUACGUGCCCAUCACGGUGCCGAUUGAGGAGCACCGCUGUGACGGCAGGAAAGAGGAGGAGCCACAGUCCCCCUGAUAACAAAUUAUUGAUAAUUAAAUUAAUCAAUACCAUUAGCAUUAACGACUUCCGUUUCAUUAAAUGCACCGAGUCGUGUGUGUGUGUGUGUGUGUGUGUGUGUGUGUUCUUGUAUUUCUACCCUUCUUGAGACAUCAACAAGGAAAAGUACCUUCCAUAAGAGGACCGGUGAACAAGUUAGGACAUAAAUCAUGGUCCCGAUACGGAAAACCAUUGCAUCUAAUAGAGAAUGUCUCAUUUGCACCCCUGGUGGUGAAAACCAUCAAAAUUAGGGUGGUCCCAAAAAGGAGGGAUUUUUCAAAUUGACUGUGUCUAUUUUAAACAAUAUGGAAGUAGAAUUGUCUCA